UCAAGGGUGGUGGUGAAGUGGUGGUUGGUAUGGAAGAAGAAGAAGAAGAAGAAGUAGUGAAUGCAACAAAUUCAAGUGAAGAGAAUAAUAAUAGUAAUAAGGGAAGAGAAGAAGAAGGUGGUGGUGGUGGCGACGACGGCGGCGAUAAGAUGAGCUUUGGUGGAAACCGGUGGCCACGGCAAGAAACUUUGGCUCUCUUAAAGAUAAGGUCAGAUAUGGAUUCAGUGUUUCGUGAUUCAACUCUCAAAGGUCCACUAUGGGAAGAAGUUUCAAGGAAAUUAGGAGAGAUUGGAUACAAGAGAAGUGCAAAGAAAUGCAAAGAAAAAUUUGAGAAUGUUUAUAAGUAUCACAAGAGAACCAAAGAAGGUAGAACUGGAAAAUCUGAAGGAAAAACCUACAAGUUCUUUGAUCAAUUACAAGCACUUGAGAAUCACAAUCAAUUCAAUACACACCCUCCUCCAAAAUCAUCACAACCUCUUUUGCCAGCAAACCCUACUCUAGUCUAUUCUUCGAUAUUGCCGUCAACAACCGUAACUGCAGCCACAACCAACAACAUAAGUAGUACUACUUUUGCACCACAUUCCUUUCCCAAUAACAACAGCAUGAACCUUUUCUCAUCACCAUCGUCGUCACCAACAUCUCCAUCAUCCUCCACAGCUUCAGAUGAAGGGUUGGAAGAGAGGUACAAGAAGAAGAGGAAAUGGAAGGACUACUUCAGGAAGCUGACUAGGCAAGUCCUUGCAAAGCAAGAGGAGAUGCAAAAUAGGUUCUUGGAAGCCAUAGAUAGAAGAGAAAGAGAAAGAGUAGCACAAGAAGAAGCUUGGAGGUUGCAAGAGAUGUCAAGAAUCGCCAAUGAACACGACGUACUUGUGCAAGAGAGGUCAACAGCUGCGGCCAAAGAUGCAGCUGUUAUCGCUCUCUUGCACAAGUUAUCCGGCCACGAAACACAAUCACCACAGACACAGAUACAGAUACAGAAACAAGAGACAAUUAAGGCAAAGAAUAGUAGUAGUAGUGAAAUAGUUGAAAGAAUGAGUUGUUCUUCGUCUUCAAGGUGGCCAAAGGGUGAAGUUCAUGCAUUGAUAAGGCUAAGAACAAGUCUUGAUUCGAAGUACAUGGAGAAUGGACCAAAAGCUCCAUUAUGGGAGGAUAUAUCAGGUGGAAUGCAGAGAUUAGGUUACAACCGAAGUGCGAAGAGAUGCAAAGAGAAAUGGGAGAAUAUAAACAAGUACUUCAAGAAAGUGAAGGAGAGUAACAAGCAAAGGCGUGAAGAUAGCAAGACUUGUCCCUAUUUUCAUGAGCUUGAAGCUCUUUACAAAGACAAGAUUAGCAACAACAACAACAACACCUUUGGAAGUUUCCAGAAUAAUAUGGAGCCUUUGAUGGUUCAGCCUGAGCAACAAUGGAGGCCACCACCUGAACCCAACAAGGACAACAAUAAUGCAUCAAAUGAAGAAGAAGAAGAAGAGUAUGAUGAUGAUGGUGUUGAAGAAGAAGAAGAAGAAGAAGAGGGAGAUAGUGUUGGAGAAGAAGAAGAAGGAUUGAACCGUUAUCAGAUUGUGACAAAUAAAGUUUCAUCAGUGGACACAGUUGAAUAAUAAUGAGACAAGAUAAGGAAGUUUCUGAAUGGUGGAGGCAUAUAGUAACUUAUUUCAUAUACUUUUUAUUUCAAAUGUGAAAACCAAGUGUAGUCGGCUUUACGUAAAGUUGAUAACUGAAGUUGAUAGCCGAGAGCCGUUAGAUGAUUUGACUUAUUUGACUAAAUUUUCAUCUAAUCUCAACUGUCAACUUCACGCUGCACCUGAGUUUCAACCUUA